AAAUGCCGGCGUCCAGCGGUGACCUCAGGGACUCAGAAGCAGGGAGGUGGCAGCCUGUAUUUGGAGCCAAGCGAGCCAAGCGCUCCAGUGCCCUGGGGAACUGCCCAGCCUCCCGGCGCCUGAGCGCCCCCUCCCAGGCGCGCCGCCCUCUCAGAACCGGUCCACCCCUCUGCCCUCCCCGCGGUUGGCUGCGCCGCUAGGAGCCCCGGCUGGUCUGUCUCCCGCGAGGAUGCGCGCCUUGCCAGCCCCGGACCUGAGCGAACGGCUCCUUUCCCGGGACCACGAGGCUCUUCGGAACCUGGACGCGGCGCGACCAGCGCGCAGGAGCGCAGUGGAGAGGCUGGCUGCCGAUCGCGCCAAGUACGUGCGGAGCCUUCCCGGAGUGGGCGGUGGCCCAGCUUCCGAGAGAGACGGGCCCGGGGCGGUCAAGGGGCAGGAGGGCGACCCCGGGCCCCCAUCCCGCGCCCCCGGUCCGGUGGCACGCAGGGCUAUUGCGCGGAAGCCGCUGAGGCCGGACUCGCUGGUCAUCUACCGACAGAAGUGUGACUUCGUGCGAGGGCCGAGCGCCGACGGCUCCAGGGCGAGCCUGGUAAAGAAGCUCUUCCAGGGGCCAGACAAAGACAAGGCGCCGGCGAUCCCUGAGACGCCCCGAGUGGGAGAGGAGAGCAAGGCCAGGGACGGGGAUCCCACCCGGACCCAGCCUGGCCCCGUAGCGGCUCCCGUGGUCCCACCUACCCCCUCAGCCCCAGCCUCCGUAGUGCCCACCGGGGACCCGGCUGCGCUUGCUGGCCCUGAGCUGCGGGUGGCGAGGCGUGGGGGGCUGCAGCGCUCACAGUCAGACCUCAGCUCCCGCUACUCCAAGACCUUGGCCGAGUUUGACACUUUCUUCCAGUACUGCGGCCUGGACCCGGAGGUGGUGGAGGCUCUCGGGAGGGAGAACUUCUCCGCUGGGUCGGACCACGUCGCCCUCAAGUUGCGCAGUGUAAGCGUCGCCACUUCCGACAGCGGAUUCUCCAGACGCAGCAGUGAAGACUAUGGGCUGCAGGAGGAGGAGCUAGUGGAGCAGGUGCCUAGCACCACCUCGGUCAUUGAGAGGAACGCCCGCAUCAUCAAGUGGCUGUACACGUGCAAGAAGGCCAAGGAGACCCCCAGGAAGCAAAACUUCCCUCCGAUGAUGGGGAUGCCUGAAGUGUGACUUGAGACCCAGGGCCAUUUGUCCAGUGUGCCCGGGUGACCCUGUGAUUGCUGCCUUCCCAGGAAUAAAGCACUCCACUGACAAAGCUAAAGUGAUUUCAGAAGGGUUGAAAUGCUGUGGAGAAGGCGGUAGGAACACAGACCUUGAAAAUUAGCUGAAUUAUGACUGUCGUAAUAACCAGAGCACCGAGAGAGGUUUUCCUUGUUAAAGGUGGAUCUAUCCUUGCUUCCAGAGGGCAACUAGAAAGAGAAAAGCUGUUUGGAAGUAUUUUCAGGGGCAUCUUUUUGACUGACUUGCUGGCAAAGAGGUACUGUGAUGUAUUUUAACAAUAUCUAAAUUGAUUCUUUUUUUAAAAAAAGAAAGAGUAUGAAGAUCAAGCAUGAAUGUCAGGGUAUUUACUCCUUUCUACCAUCCUGGACUUAUUGGCACCAUUUAAAUCAAAGUUCUGCAAUUCACAAGAAGGUGUAUUCUGUUUAAAUACUAUGACCAGCAGACUCACACAUACCAUACACAGACCCCAAUUUCCAAAGCAUUACUGUGCUGUAAACUACAGUUAAUUCCCAAACUAUAUGACUGAUUGUCUUUUUGAAUGAGUCAGAAAGCACUUUUCAGGUCCUUUGAUGGCUACAAGGUCAUUCUAUUUAUGCCACUAUGCAUUGGGUCUUAGGCUUGUGGAAGUACCCAUUAAAAGAUAAGUUCGAGCUGAGAUACUGCUAAAUAAAACCUUCAUUGUACCUAGACAGUUUCUUGAGAAUUGGCAGAAGAAUCUUGGAGUUUUCCUUUCAUCAGACCGAUAGCAGCAUUCCACUUUUGUAGCAUCAUUUGCAAUGAGCUCCACAGCGCUCUUGUUCCCAGCCUCCAGGAAGGAUAGGAAACCUUGCUUUAUACAUAACUUGGGCAUCUGAGGGCAGGGGCUUUUCCCAGCCCUUUGGUCUAACUCACACCUCUACAUAUCAUGUAACUAUCCCAAAAUUUGGCACCAGUUCACUCUUUUCUACAAAAGUCAUAUUUUAAAACAAGGGGCAGCCUCUGGGUGUCUGGGAGACUCUGUGAUCAGAAGGUGUGUAAAGUUAUUGUGACCUUAAGUCUGAACAUGCUCAUGACACCAAGAGUAAAUAGAUUUCAGAUUUACAACCUUCUGAGAGAAAUUUAGUACUGAUGAUAACACAAAGAAAAUGUGUAACUCAGUUAACUCUUUCAAAGUUUACUAUGUUUCAUCAAAAUAUAUCUCUUUAAGGACAAAAUUAUUAGAGAGUAGAAUAUGGAGGGGAGAGAAAUGUUUCCCAGUGGUAAAAUAUUUUAUAAAGCAUUCCAUUUUGAUAUAGUUAUGUAUUUGUUUAAUUUUGUAUUAAACUUUUGUAACUUUUACUGUAAAGAUUAGGUCUGUGUGUUACUUAGGUUUGUGUGUUUUAACACAAAGGAAAAAAUGAUUGUUAAAGCAAGGUAAAUAACUUGACAGCAGUCUUUUUCAUUAAUAUGUGGGUAAAGAUUUGCAAUGCCUCAGACUGAAAGGUAUUCACGUGACUAGAAAGUUUCCUCAUUAUAGGUAUGUAUACAUACACAUAUAUAUAUGGUUUUUAAACUACUGGUCAUUGACACUGAAAUAAGAAGGAGGUUUCAUCGAACAUUGGCUUUUUUCAGUAGGUUCAAAGUUCAGUGCUGUGGUUAUAGUUGGUGAUGCCAUAAAACAUCAUGCCCGACAAUUGUUUUGGAAGUUUCUAAACAGAGUUUUCUUAUACACUACUUGCAACUGGAGUGCAACAUUACAUAUUCUGUAUUAAAGAAAUAAAGUAUUUUUAUCAUUUAUUUA